AUGAUUUUUUUAUGUAUUCAGCCUGGCUCGCCCAUGCCAUUCAAGUGGAGUCCAGUAUUGCCAACGGUGUCUAUGAAGAAACUUGAUGCUAUUUAUGAGAUGCGUUGGGCUAAGAAGCCGAAAAAGUACAUUGUUAAGUACUUCAAGGAAUGCCGACAGAUAGAAGUGAUGAAAUUAAAUUUUUGUGAUUUUUUCACUGAUCGUGCAAUCGAGCAUCUUAUUAUUGGUCGACCAUCACGGACAGUAAGGAAUAUAGAGAUUGUCGCAAAUCCAUACGUGAGUGAUAAUUUCGUCAAAUGGAUCACCCGAAUACGAGGAUUACAACGAGCGCAUUUUUACUUCCUACCGUGUGUGACGCACCAGAAAGCUUUUUUGGAAACCAUGAAAAAUUCGCUGCCAAACUGUUUAAUCAGUUUCCCGGAGCUGCAAAAAGUUGGUUUCGGCUAUGAUAGCUCCGAGAAUAGCAACAAAAAGUCAGUAUUUUUUUUUUUUUUGUAUAGGUUUGUUGACAACCAAUCGUUCUACGAUUUGUUCAUUCGUUGA